CAAAACCAACCUAUAUAAAUAGAAAACCAACACCUAAUUUUGAAAAUCAAUCAAAUAUAAUUGAGAGUCGACGUUGGUUUGAUCAACCACUUGGUGAUCAAAAUUUACUUCCUGUACAUGAUGGUCGAUAUGGUCUUAUUGCCGGUACAUCCACUAAUGAGUAUAUAUUAAACAGUCAAUUACCUGAUAAUGAUUAUGUAGAACACGAUCCACGUGUAUGUAUAACUUUAUUUCUAAAUUGUCCAUUUAAUCAUAGAAGAAACUAA